AUGGGUUUGGCCUCUGAUGCCGGGCGCUCUCUCGCCCUGCCUCAUGGGGCACCGCAGCGGCAGCGCCCGGGCAUCCUUCUCGGCCAGGCCCAGCCCUUUUGGCUGGUCGAGCUGAAGAGCUGGCUCUGGUGCUCCUUCCUGGUCGUUUCUUACUUUGUCGUCGGAAUCCUCUUCUACUCGCAUGUAGAGACGAAAUUGUGCGAGAGCGAAGAGGCCUUGGCGUCUCCGGACUACGACGCCGAACUGUGCGUUGAACCCUGGACGUCAGUGGAUUCUUUAUACUUCGCCAUGGUGUCAAUGAGCACCGUCGGCUACGGCGACUUUGCGCCGGCCUCGCCUAUGUCGAGGGCAUUCACCCUCUUCUACAUCGUCUACGGGAUCACGGUGCCCUUCGCAUCUUUGGCAUCGCAGUUGGCGACUGUCAUGGACAAGUUGGAGCACAGGUUCCUCCGUUUUCUGGAGGGCGGUCGCUUCACCAACCUCCGUGGUUGGACCAAGAGCUAUGAUGUCGGGGAGGACUUCCGCCCGGGUUCGCUGGCGGUGCCUGAUGGUGACACCGUGGAGGAAAAAGAGCCUCCGCAUGCGUUCGUCUUCUAUGCAUGCAACCUCUUCAUUCCCAUCCUGCUUUUCACCACCUGGCAGCUCUUGUGUGCGACCGUUUUCGUCGCCCUGCAGGACAUGUCGUUUCUUCUGGCCUUGUACCACUGCGUGGUGACUGCUACGACCGUGGGCUAUGGCGACAUCCCCAUCGCCAAGGACUCGAGGUUCUUCGCUGUGGUCCAUGUGGCGGUCAGCGUAGCCUUGCUGGGGUCCUGCGUCGCGGAAAUCCCAACGCUCAUGGACAUCCGACGCGUGCAGACGCGGCAAUCUGCCAUCCUCAAGAGGAAGCUGGACGCGGACAUGAUCUUGGCCCUGGAUAGGAACGGCGAUGGCGUGGACAAGCUCGAGUUCUGCAUCGGCAUCCUGAUCGAGAUCGGCGCGGAGCUUGCUGGCUUGCCUCUUGAGUGGGAAGAUAUUGCGCCCUUCAUCAAGCAGUUCGAGGACUUCGAUGUGGACCACUCCGGCCACCUGUCCAAAGAGGACCUGGUGGAAAUGGCGGACGCCCUCAAAGAAAGCCACGUGAACAUCGCCCACCUCAAGCGUGCAGCGUCGACCAUGAGCAGGUUUCGGACGGAGGGCUCGCAAGGCGGCUCCUCGGAGGAUAUCCUCACCUCUCAGGACAUGGCCGCCAUGAUCGCCACGACGUCCACUUCCUCCAGCGCCUCGCGGAGGUCUCCACGCCAAGGGCUGAGGCGGCCGAGGAAGCAGGAAAAAGUGGACAGAGAUCCCAUUGUAGAGGAGACGCAGGCCAGCGUUUCUCCACGCCUCCUGCUAUCUGAGCAGGAGAAGUUAGCGCUGGACAGCGGGCAGGACAUAUCCUCCUGUGUGAUGCCAGCUCCAUUGGCGAGCUAG